UUUGUUCUGUGGGCUAUUUAUGUGUAAAGUUGUAACUAAUUCUCAAUGAUCAAACACUUAUAACUACAGAAGUCGUCACUUCAGAAUCUAGUCUAAAAAUUAAAGAUUUAUAACUUGUACUCAUUGCGAAGAAGUUCGAUAGGAAGUGACUGUUUUGUCUUCUUGAAAUAUCAUUGUAUUCCGGCCGCGUAUCUCUUGUUUCAAGAUGUUCAACAAUUUGAUUGUGAAAGGAAAACAUUUGUAGCAAAGUCGGGUGCUUCUGUUAAACGAUUGCCACGUGAUUUACCAGAUGACACCACGCCACCUGUUGAUUGGAGACUGACACAGUCAUAAUAAGGCUUUUCACCACAAUCAAUAGCAAACGAGCUCGCGGUAUAGCACAAGAAUCAAGUGGCUGAAUGACGUAGAAUUUGGAAAACGAAGUUAUAUCAUUUAGGUGGUUCGAAUAGCCUCCCCAGUGCCGUCGUUAAAACAGUAAACAGUGAAUUUCUCGUAAUAAGUUGUCUAAAAAUUAGAAGUAAUUGUGUGUGUUUACUUAUACAUACAUAUAUAUUAUUUUUGCUUUGUAAAUAAGGAAAAUAAAAAUAAUUUGAUCAACCACAAGUUAUUCUUCUUGAAAAAAAAAAUUAACAAGUUGAUACUUUACGACAUUACAUAAAAAUCCCUGAAUACGUUUUCGUCGGUAAGAAACAACAAUAUUAACUUUCUCUGCGCGUUCUAUUUGAUCUAAAAACGGAACCUUGCACACGUAUUCUGAUGACCAAUCGGCCCAUGGAAGUAAAACCCUUCAACAGAAGGCUUAGCAAGCGACUCAAAGCCAAGGCUGCAGCAGGCGCCAAAGCAGCUUUCACCCGGCACGUUCUUCAGAGUUUUGUCGCCAGAACUUUCUUCAAGAAGGCAGGGGAUUUUACCCUAGCCACCCAUCUUCCUCUACCGCUUCAGUGUUUGGCGUUGCUGAUGCAUCACCCUAUCCAGAUGAAACCUGCUGAUAGUGAAAACAGAAACGUUGGAUGUAACAAAGACUACAACAGGUCGUUUUCCGAUGAAGCUUUCCAGAUCAGGGAAGUGCUUGACAUACCCAGUUACGAAAGGAAACUCUUCAUCGGAAUGCUCUCUAAAAAGUGCAACGAGAACGACGUUAGAAUUAUGUUCUCCCCCUUUGGCUCUAUAGAAGAAUGUACAGUACUCAGGGACGCCAACGGACAGAGUAAAGGUUGUGGAUUUGUGACGUACGGGUCUCGCCAGUGUGCAAUUAAUGCUAUCAAAGGCAUGAACCACUCCCAGACUAUGGAGGGUUGUAGCAGCCCUCUGGUGGUAAAAUUUGCUGACACUCAAAAAGAAAAGGAUCAAAAACGACAACAGCAGAUGAUGGCUAACUUAUGGAAUAUGACUAAUUUUGGAAACAUUAGUACUUUGACACCACAGUAUUUAUCACUUCUUCAGCAGGCUGCUCAGACUGGGGCCUUUGGAGGUUUCACCAACCUUCCUCAGUUAGCUGGAGGUGAAUGUUAUGGUGUUAGUUCCUUGAAUGUUCAGCAGCAGCUAGCAGCUCUUGCAGCAGCUCAAGCUUCUGCCAACAACAGUAACACAGGCAUCAAUUCCCUGAGUCUUCAGGGACUGACUGGUCAGGGGGUAACUGCAGGUCUGUCUUUGCCUACUUCAGGGAAUAACUCCUCAGAUCUAAAUGCCACCAACUUACAAAGCCUUGCUGCGCUAGCUAACAUAACCAACAGUCCUGCUGGACUUAACUCUAUGAUGGUUCAGAACUUAGCAGCAUUAGCAGCAGCUGGUGGGGGAAAUAACUCGACAGGAAUCCCUGGUCUGUCAGCAGCAGCUGUCCUUGGUAGAGCUGUCAGAGCAGGUAACAUGUCAGGGAACAUGUCCAGUGCCAAUUCCUCUCUCAGUGGCAUGAACUCUAUGAGUCCUGUGUCCAGUAUGGCAUUAGGAAUGACCACAAACUCCCUUUCCAGUAUGGGGACUUUGACUGGCAUGAAUGGUCUUGGAAGUACAACUGGUUUAACAACAAAUGGUCCUAAUUUGGAUGUUCUUGCCCAAGCCUACUCAGGAAUGCAGCAAUACCCAUCUGCUUUGCCAGGAACCUAUACCCAAGUUGGAUUACAACAAUCUCAAAGCCCUGUUGGAAAACAAGUGGAAGGCCCAGAAGGUGCCAAUCUAUUCAUAUACCAUCUUCCCCAGGAAUUCACAGACAGUGAUCUUGCCCAAACUUUUCUUCCUUUCGGGACUGUGAUUUCUGCUAAAGUCUUCAUUGACAAACAGACUAAUCUCAGCAAGUGUUUUGGAUUUGUCAGCUAUGACAACCCUGUAAGUGCCCAGGCUGCCAUCCAGGCCAUGAAUGGGUUCCAGAUUGGCACAAAGCGACUCAAAGUUCAAUUGAAGCGGUCAAAAGAUGCAAGCAAACCCUACUGAGGGCUAUCCACUGCCUUGACCCAGCAAUCCACCCGUUCUUCAAAGGACUGCCCACUUGGUGCAUUUCACGUGACCUGUGUUUCCUGUACCCGUGCAGUGCAGUGGUGUGCUGUAACUUCUACUCCCUCUCCCACUUGACAUGUACUCCACACCUCGUGGGGUUUCGUGAGUGUGAAGCCAUUUUUUUUAUUUUAUCAUUUCGAGAAGUGUCACCAGAUGGCACUUUGGACGGGUGGUUGUCAAAGCAACGUCAGUGGAGACCCUAGCAGUUAGGCUUAAUCUGAUUGGAAUACUUUAUAGAAACUACUACCGUCCCCUUGUACAAAAUUGAUGUUGUGGUAAUUGAGUUAUCAGCCUAGAUUCAUACAUAAAUGUAAACUGGGGAUUUUUGAUUUUUUUUUUUGGUUUGUAGUGGCUUACAAUAUGUUUGUUUUGAUUGUUUAAGUGGUGUUUUUGGAGCCCAAUACUUGUAAUGUUCUUUAAUUUUAAGGUUUUUUUUUCUUCUUGUCCACUAUAUGUGGCAGCUGACGUAAGCAUACAUUAUGUUUAAUUCUCACUACGUUAUGGCAUUGUAGUUAUGUCUAAGCACCAAAAGAUUGUGGUGUUCUUUCUUUCUUUUAUUUUAAAUACUUGAAUUAAACUUUUUUUAAGUAUUCAUAUAAAAUUUAUAGUAUAUUUAGCACCCAAAUUUGGAAAAAUGCAGCGAAUAACAUCUUUUCCUGCUCAAAACAGCGAAAAAGAAGCCAUGUGUUUACCACUUAAUGAAGUGGUCGCUCAGUUGCUUUUCCGGCCAGGUAGAUGUAUUAGAUUCAGUUUUGACAGAUAACUAGAAUAAAAAUUAAAUGAAGAACGAGAAAGAAAUCUAAUCUCUUGUUUAACUUCUUGUUGAAGUGUAUAAUAGGCAGUGAAAAAAUGUAUUCAUAUUUUAGGGAUUGAAGCCUGGCUCAGGUUAUUAGACAAACACAGUAUUGCAUCUUUUAAAAACGAGCUUAGAAAAUGUGAAAAGAUCUGUACACAAGUACUUGCACCAGUAUUAUACCACAAAUAUAUAUAUAUAUAUAUACUAAACCUUCUUCACACUAGAGGACGCUUUAUAUGCAGCAGCAACCCAUAGUACAGGGCGAAACUGUUGAAACGAACUCUGUAUCUAGUCUACGUGUGUAAGGGGUUUCACAGACAGCGUAUCUUGUGUCGUUGUUAACAAAACCAAAGACACAGUGUAUCAAACACUUGCAGUGAGUUGACUGCCUUAAACGUGGUGUGAUUAUCCAGUUGUAACCUAUUUUUGCUGUGACGUCACCAGUGUUUCCGGUUUGUUGUUUCUGGUUUGUGGAUUCUUCAUAGGUAAAACUGUUGUAGCAAAUGUAGGUGUAGUUGUGCCCCGGUCAAAGUGUGGUCUUUGUAGUAUGUGUUUCCAUAGUAGUCGUUCUUGUGGCACGUAAACAGUGUUAUCACGGUCAAUUUGAAUAUUUUUCCAUCAGAAAACUCUUCUUAGCCGUUGUACCCAUGACGCCACCCAUAAAACAUUAAAAACCGAGAAAAUUACAUGUCAUUUGACCAUUGUCUAUUUGUUUUGUUUUUUACUAUAUUAUUCUCCACUUCAAACAGUUAAAGUUUAUUAAAAGCUAACCAUUUUUAAGAAUUGAUUGUUAAAGAGUAAUAUUUUAAGUUGCUUAUUCUCGUCAUAUUGUACUCUUCAAGUACGUAAUUGGAAAACAGCAGAUUUUUACUAAAUGUUGAUAAUUUCUUAGUAUAGAAAUUUCCUUGAAAAUAUGAAGGUAAUCAGAGCUACGUUAUGAUGGAAGAGUCUGUAAAUUAGAUGACAUAAAAAUUGGGGGCGUCACGGAUACAGCGGAAGGCAAAGAUUAAAACGUUAUUUGGUGUUCUUUAGUACCUGGUGAAUAUGAUAUAUAAGUUAUUAUACCAUGAGCAAGCUGUAUAUUAGAAGCUAAUUUGUGUCGUUGAAAUAUAAUGGCUCAAAAGAUUCCACUAUGUAAUGACGUUGGUUGUCAGUAGGGGGCGCCUCUACCCAUCCGUAUUCACCAAAUUUGUGUGCCAAAAACAUAGGAUGUUAACGACUUGUUUGUUUGAAGGAGGCCUACUUUGACCAUGGACUAUAUUACGUUUAUAAUUUUCAUCUGUUUGUUUUCUUGAAAGGGAGGUAUGUUUUAUGUUUUGUUAUUUAACGUCUACAUUGUCAUUUUUACAUACGUGAAAAUCAAAAUGAUCUGGAUUCACUUACGUAACGCAUACUGGAUAUUACUGUCUCUUUCUUAGUAUUGAGUUUUUAACCAUCAGUUGUAUGGUCAAAUGCGGUAGGCUAAUUUACAUCAGCCUCUGCUGAACCUAGGUGAUGCGGGUUUUAUUUUCAUAAACGGAAAGGUGCACGUCUUUAUUUUAUGUGAAACCACGCCAUCUUUCGGCAGUAUGUGCUACGUUUUAUAAAUAUAUAUAUAUAUAUAUCGAAAAAUUCACGUAGAAUUUUCUGGAAAUUAUUUUUCCCACACACUGUCUUCUUUUACUUGUUUGAUUUCAAGAAUCACCUUGAAAUUUUGCAGAAUAUUUCUAUAACAUCUAACAGAGGGAAAAGUAAUUAUUUUUUAUUGGGAAAUAUAAAUUUUAGAUUUAAUGUCCUCUGAAGAAAAGUAAAUUAUCUAAAUGAAGUAAUUCAGUAAGCUGGUUGGUUAUGGAAAUUGUUGAGUUUAAAAUGUAAUAGUCAUGAUUGAUUUUUACAUAGUUAUGUAGGAUUUUUCAAAUGGAUUUUUUUCUUAUCAAAUUGUAUGAAAGAUAUUGUACGGGAAUUAUUUUUAAAUUGUUUUUUUCUACUAAGAUAUUUUUGGAAUGAAAACGUUUAUGGUAUUAAUUUUUUAGACUUAAGUUCUUCAAACGUUUUUGGAUCAAAAUACUUAAAAUAUUCAGUAACUUACAAAAUAAGAACACAUCUUGUGAAUAUUUAGUUAUUUUUAGGUAAAAACUUAAAAAUGAAACUGGGUGGAGUUUUUAACUACAUUUUAUAUGUAAGAAGUUGUGCACAGGGAAAAAAAGAAACGUUAUAGGAAAUUUCGUUUUUGUUCCUGUAAUGUUUGAAAAAUGUAGACACUAUUGUAGCCCGAAAUAAGUACAGCAUUCCAGUUGGCUGUUUAGAAAAGUUGGACAACCUUGGCAUGUGUUGGUAAAACGAAUAAGUUUAUAUAUAUAUAUAUAUAUAUAUAUAUAUAUUAUUUUCACAUGUAUUUGUGGCAUUGUUUACCCGUCGGCCUCAGCAGAGGGUGUAUUGUAACGUUCAGUGUUUGUUCAGAAGUUUUGACGGGAUGUGACAGUGAUAAGUUUGUAGCCAUAGGAUAAACCAUUGGUAUAUUUUGCAAAAAAGAUAAGAGGCUAUCAUUAACUAAACUUUACAUAUAUUUGUCAAGUUGCAGUUCUUAUGUUACCCGUGGCUUUAUGGAAGCUGUUUUUGGGGUUUUGCGCACUAAUAAAUAAGGAGAGUUGAAAAUACUCGUGUCAGUGUCUGAGUUUUUACUCUAAACUUUAAGAGAUAGGAGUUUUUGUUUCAUCUCAUAAUUAUUACUGAUCUCGUUGAAAAUAGUAGCAUUUAGUCAUUAUUUUAUAACGAAAUUUCACCUUUGGAAUGAGUUCAAUUAUGAUGUUAUGUUAACAGAAGUUGACGAUUAACUAUCAUUACUUCAACCACAAUCUACAAAAAAAAAUUGUCUAAUGAGAAACAGUUGUCUUAAGUAAUAGAUCAGAUAAUCUAUUUACAAAAUGGCUGUUAUACAUUAAUUCUAAUUAGAAAAUUUUAGAACAUGAUUUGUUUUAGGAAAGAGUAACAAAAGCAUACAAAUGUUAUUUUGUUUAUUAUAUUAAUGACAUGGACUUAAAUGUGUAACGUUAAUUAAAUUUGAACCUCAGCACUAA